UGCUCCAAAAAACCCAAGGCUUUUUCUCUUCUCUUCUGCUCUCUCUCCCUUGGGGACAGCAGGUGGGAGCUUUCCAAGCCAGACAAAGGAGACCUGACAAGGAACUGUGGUGAAGGGACAAGCUCAAGGCAAGGAAGUGUCCGGUCACCUCCUCUCCUGGAGCAGGCAGCAGAGACCUGGAGAGACAGGAGACAUCUUGCAAGACUCAACACCUGGAGCAGUGCUAACCAGGUGGCAGCCCUGAUGGCAGCCAAGCUCUGGGUGCUGAUCAGCUGGCCCGAUGGCAGCCGGGUCAUCAGCAUGGAGAACAUCAAGGAGCCCCGCAAGCCCUUCCACCUCUACACCGUGGGGGAGCAGGUCCUGGCCCGUUGCCCCGGCUUCAGUGGGCUGUACUGGGGCGUGGUGGAAGGCAUAAGUGAGCAUAAAGAUAUUUUGGAGAAGAAGCUGCUGGAAGAUCGACAGCUCCUGGAGAAGUUAAAAGAAGAACCAGCUGUCCAGAGCAUGAUGCCAUCCCCACCAAAAAAAUCCAGGAAAACCUUUCCGAAAUGCACCCCAGGGAAUGCAUCCAGGAAAUACCCCAGUGACAGGACCUAUCCUGCAAAGCCACUGCUGAGGGUGGCUGAGGCCAGCCUGCCCCACGGUGCCAGCAGCUGCUCCAUCCUCAAGGACAGGCGUGUCCUGGGGAGCGUGGCAGGGAGCCCCCACCCAGCCAGCGCCUUCACACCCCCUCCCUCCUUCAUCACCAUGGCCAUGCCAGGGCCAGCAGCUUCCCAGAGUGAAGAGGACAGGGCUGGUCCAGCUGCCAGAGAUUACGUUGCCCUUCCAAUGAAGAGGAAGUCAGAUGGCAUCUUGUCCCCGUGCCAGCAGCAGAUCUGCCUGAACAGCCGUGAAGAGCGAAAGAUGGAUGUUUUGCAAGAGAUGGAUGGCUUCGAGAGGGCUCACAAAAAUUUCAGUCCUGGUGAGGUGGAAAGGGCAGAGAAGAUGGAGCAGCUGGAGAGGAUGGUGUCAGACCUCCAGCAGGACGUGCUGUCUCUGAAGAAGAAGGUGCAGAGGCUGGAAUCCCUGUCCUUCCAGGAGGAGCCCCACCGACAGCAGUGUGAGGUGGUGGAGCUCUUCAACGGCUACACCAAGGAGCAGCUCAAGGAGACCAUCAGGUUUGACCAGAAAAUCAGCACAGCCUGCAAGACUCUGCUCUACAAACUCUUCACCUCUGACUACAUCCAGAGCCACUCCAUCACAGGGCGCAGGGGCAACACCUUCCGCGAGGCAAAGCCCAUGAUGGAUGAACGCUGCAUCAAAAUCAUCAGGGUGCUGCUGAAGCAGAAGUUUGGGGAUCACCUCAGUGACACUGUGAUCACAGAGAAGAUCCAGAACGUGCAGAAAGCCCUGAGGCAGAAGUUUAAGACAGAAUGUCUCUGAGGUCUGGGGGUGUCUCCUGAGCAGCCUUCCCAGCAGAGAUGAGCUGAACAGCUGCUGCUCAGUGGAUUUCCCCCAGGGAGCCAGCCCGAGUGAGCCAUGUGCUGGACACAGCUCAAGCACUGCCGAACCUCUGCCUGCAGUAACUGAACAGCAGUCUGGCCCAGCUGGGCUCGGCUGUUGCACUCUGUAAGUUCCUUCAGCUGCAGUCUGUGUGCAAACCUCGCUGUGGGUGCACAGAAUCACCUCUGUGACGCUGAUGAUGUUCUCAGAGGCUUCAGGGCUCCAUUUGAGCCCAUGAAUGGGCCAGGAAGGUAGCACUGUUCCACACAGAAAUGUUUGCUUUGGGAGAGGGAGUCCAGCUGCAGACAGGCUGUGUCACCCAAUGUGGCUUCUCUCUGUCUGCCUCUGGUUGCCUCAUUCUGCCUGUGGGACAGCAUUUACUCUUUCUUCACAGUGAAUACUUUAUUUCCAGCAGGAACAGAAAGGCAGGCUCAUUAAAAUGACACCUUACAACAUUCAGAAAAAGAUAACUUGAUUUUUUCCUGUCUAUUUUACUGUAGCCAUAUGGAAGAGUUGUCUUUCCCAACGAAAGCCUUCUGAACAAGAGAAGGGGUCACCCAUGGAGGUUAUAUUAAUUUUCCUUCCAAGGUCAGAUUAUUAGGAGAAAUAUAUACAGGAGAAAUCCCUUACAUUUUUAUGACACAAGAGUGAGGGAUGGAGGACAAAAUAUGGGCCAACUUCACUUCAAAAAUAAACAUAUUGUGGACACUGUCACUACUAUUCAAAGACAGUAAUUUUAUCCUAGAUGAGAAAUGCCAAAUGCAACUAGACACUUUGCUCAGAGACUAUAGAAAAGGUCUAGAAAGACACAUCUUUUCCUAAAUAAUUCAGAGCUGGAGUGUGGGUUGGUUAAAAUUGUUCUAAGCGUUGAAAGAAUGAGAUGCUGACAUCAGUCCAGCACUUGACAGAAGUGCUGCAAAAUACCAAACAUUCCCUUUUACAGAGGCUUCUCAGACAAGAAAU